AUGGCAAUGGAUGUGUGGAAGCAGUUCGAUUAUUUAUGUCAGAAUUAUGUCUUAAAUGGCCUAUAUGAUGAUUUGUAUGGAGUCAACUGUGGCACGAAGACAGCAAAGGGGCUGUGGAAAACUUUGGACCGCAAAUACAAAACUAAGAAUGUGGGUUCCAGAAAGUUCGAUGUAGGCCCAUUCUUGGACUACGUGAUGGUGGAUUUCAAGCCAUUAAUAUGGAUGGUAAUUAAUGAAGCCUUUCAAGUAGCUAUUAUGAUUGAGAAGCUACCUCCUAGUUGGAAAGACUUUAAGAAUUAUAUAAAAUACAAGAGAAAGAAAAUGGAUAUGGAGGCCCUUGUUGGCAAGCUUCGUUUUGAACAUGAUAAUAGGAGAUUUGAUAAAAGGUCUUUGAGGGUUAAGAUGAAGGCCAAUAUUGUGGAGCAUGAUCAAAGCUCCAAGAAUAAGAAGAAAAUUGGAAAAGAUUCCAGGUUGGAGCCUAAAGGAGGGAUCUCCAAGAAAGCCAAGUUUCAAGGUAAAUGUUGUAACUGUGACAAGAUGGGUCAUAGAGUGGCAAAAUGCAAGUUGCCGGAAAGGAAGAAGAACAAAGAGGCAUAG